UUCGAACGGGGGUGACACUUGGGCGACGUGCUCCCGAUUCUAGAACUCUCAGGGGCAACGACGCGGCCACGCCGAAAUGAACUUUCCCGGGUUAUGUAAAGACCGGCGCCUCCGCUUCGUGGACUCCGCCGAUAUAAAGGUCGGCUCUGCCCCCAACGAUCCAAGAGUUGCUCGCGAACUCCACGCCGGCGAUCAUCGAGAGAGGCGAGCGACGCUCUACAUGUGACGCUGUCCAUCGCGUUUGUUUGCUUACCUGCCUUUCCGUCAGCAUUAUUUAUUUUACUUAAAAAAGCGCCUGUACUCCGCUCGAGGCGCUUCGCUUUCUCGGACACGUGUAUCGUAAUCGUACAUAAAACGCGCGAGUCAAUCAUCGAGUCGGCAACAUGCGUACCCUGUUGUUAGUAGCCCUGCUUGGAUUGGCCCAUGGCCAAUUCUCCCCGGAGCCGGAGAGGAUCGUAAGUUACUCGCGAGAUCUCGGCGAUACCCGCGGACACUAUUCUUUCGCUUAUGAGACGGCGGGCGGAAUCGUCCAACAAGAGACCGGCAGUCGCAAGUACGCCGGCACCGAAGACGAAACGCAGCUCAUCCAGGGCUCUGUUCAGUACAACGCGCCAGACGGAACCCCUAUCUCCAUAAGCUGGACCGCCGAUGAGUACGGUGCCCAGGUGGCCGGUUCCCAUCUCCCCACCCCGCCACCCGUUCCACCAGAAAUUCAACGUGCCCUGGAGUGGCUUGCUAAACAGCCCACAACUCCGGAACCAAUCGAAAAGGACAAUCCGACGCAGAAUGCUGUGUCUCACAACAAUCGCCCGCAAAGAUUCUUCUCGAAUAAACGAAACUAAAUGCGCGCCCUCAAAUUAAAUCCGCUCAUAACAUCCCAUAUAUUUACCGCAUCGUACAAUGUGACAUCCAAUAAACUCGUAUUUUUAUAGAAAUUCUCCCAGGACUACUGUUUCAAUUUUCUAUUGUCACUUUUUCGUUAUUAUUAUUUUAAACUGAAAUGAAUAGUCAAUUAGAUGUGACAUUCAAAUAUAUAUGAAAACAAUAACACAAAUGAGUAAGUAUACAUUGAGAUUUUAUGUAAUCUUCAUAUAUGUAAAUACGUUUCAUUUUUUUAAUACAUUUCUUAACAAAGCAUGAUCUCUUUGUAAAGCAAGUUUAAACAAAUGUUUUAUGGCCAUAUAAAUGCGAUGCUAUCCUUAAGAAAACAUCGAUAUUUAAUAUAAUGAAAGCACUGAAAUCAUACAAUUUUUUUAUAGGUGCAUUAUAUUAUAAUAUAUUACGUAAUAUUUUUCUUUUCAAUCAUAGUCAUUUAUAUAGCUGAAUAAUGAUAUAGCAUAUUCUUACCAAUUAAAUUAUUGCCGUUUCAUCUGUGGAAUUAUGUAUAUAGAACUUUUAUUUGACAUAACUCAAAAGUAAAAAAGCACAAUUAUUAUUCAAAAUCGAGACGCUAAUUAUGGUUUAUGUCAUUUAUUUGACGAUUCAUUCAUAUACGAGAAAAUGCUCACGCACGAAAAAAAGUGCGUAUAGUGUAUCAAAUUUUCUACAAAUUUAUAGAUCUUUGACACAUACACAUACACAUACACACUUUAUCGCAUUAUUAACGCUCCUUCUGUGAAAAAAUAUUGUAAGCAGCCGUUGACAUAAUGAUCAAAAAAACCAAGUACUAUUGCCUGUCAUGAGCCUUGAUAAAUAUCAAUUCAAUAAGAGACAUGCUUGGCUUAUAUCAAUAAUAUUUUUUUACAGAAUAUUAUUAAGAUUUUCUUCUUAUAUAUAAAUACACAGAUGUCGUAAAAAAUAAAAAUUUAUGUAAGCGCAAAAGUAUAAAAAUAAUCACAAGAAGGGCCGAAUCUUGAAAUUGCUGACCUCGAGAAUUGAGUACUCCAUGUCUCGAUUCAAUCGCGAUCAAGUGCGCGUCGAAUUCUUUUGAUCGCUCAUAUUGUCCAGGCUUACUACCGAUUUUAUUCAUAUUUCCAAUAUAAUGUUCUUAUUAUUCUCCAUUUUUCUCGAUUUGUUCAGCGAUAUAUUGAAGAGCCUUCUCGAUUAGUGGUAUUAUUCGUCUUUAUUAGAUACAUAUAAGAAU